CUUCCCUUUCUCCCCCCUAACCCCCCCCUCCCCUUACCUCCACCACACCACCCACCCCACCAUGCAACGAACUUUACCAUAUAGAAAUUGGCUUCCCUCCACCACCACUAUGAUGAUCGGUGGUAGUUCAUCCGCCACCUCUAGUAGUGGUGGAUCCACCAUCUUUGAGUCACGUUCAGGUGAGAGCAACGAAACCAACUCCAUUGGUAACAAGAGAUCACAAAAUGAAAAUACUGUCUUCACUACUAGGGUAGUGAAAUCCGUCUCAGAAAAUGCGAUAAUCGUCAUAGCGACACGUGGAUGUUGCAUGUGCCAUGUUGUGAAAAAUUUGUUGCUAGGGUUAGGUGUUAACCCUAUGAUUUUCGAAGUGAAUAAUGAAGAUGAAGAUUAUGUAAAGAAAGAAUUGUCGAUAAUCGCUGCCGGGGCCAAUGGAACGAUAGAGCUGCCAGUAGUUUUCGUAGGAGGAAAUUUGUUUGGAGGACUAGAAAGAGUGAUGUCCACACAUAUUUCUGGUGAAUUAGUGCCAAUACUUAAACAAGCUGGAGCUUUAUGGCUUUAAUUUUGUACCUACUCAAUUAUUUUUCUCUUUGUUAGGUAAAAAUCAUUGACACAAAUCAAGAAUUCUAUUUUUGAA